UUCAAGCGAUAAAACAAUCCGGCUGUGGGAUGCAGGAACGGGGCAGCCAAUUGGUUGCCCAUUGCUGGGGCACACUAAUUAUGUUUAUUCAGUCUCCUUCUCACCGGAUGGUACUCGCAUCGUUUCUGGUUCCGGUGAUAGGACUGUCAGGCUGUGGGAUGCAAGAACGGGAAUGCCAGUUGGUGAGCCCUUGAAGGGGCACACUGGAUCGGUCUACUCAGUAUCGUUCUCACCAGAUGGGACUCGCAUUGCUUCCGGUUCGAGCGAUAGAAGGAUCCGGCUGUGGGAUGUAGGGACGGGGCAGCCAAUUGGUUGCCCAUUGCUGGGGCACAUUGCCUGGGUCAGAUCCGUCUUGUUCUCGCCAGAUGGCACUCGCAUCAUUUCUUGCUCAUGGGAUGGGACUGUUCGUGUCUGGUAUGCAAUGGUUGCGAAGUCAUUGCAGGACCGUGCCGAAGAAGAUUGUUCAACAUCCUCCCCGCACGGCAGUUGCAUCCCACAUCCCACAGCGGCCAUCCGCACACCCAACACUGCUAACGAUGACUUCAUUUGCUUCUCAUCCAACUCGACUCAUGCCCUGCGCGACACUACUGAACUACUUGAGGGUGCCCCCCAUGAUGACCACAGAUCGACGUUUGAUUUUCUUGGAGACGAUGGAUGGAUGACGGGACCCAAUGGUCGGCUCUUAUUCUGGGUACCACCCGCUUCAAGAGAUGAAUUUAGAUAUAAUCCUGAAACUGCAUUGGUGUUACCCAGAGGUGGUGUUGAGCUUGAUUUGAGUAGCAUGGCCCAUGGGACACGCUGGCAGCGCUGCUAUGAGGACUCUUGAUCGUAGCUCUGAUCUCGUUCUGGUAAAUUGAUUUGCAGACUGAAACAAUUCAAGGAGUACGAUAUGGACUGUGCAGUUAAUCCAUUGUAUAUUAUACCGUAGCAUUGGAUUCGAGUUUGUGGUAGUACCUCUGAGCGAACGACGUUUUAACUGGGUGACAGAUUUUUCAGAGCCACCUAGAAUAAUGGUAGGGCAGC